AUGGGGGACUCGAUCGCAAACGCAUAUCAAGGCCACCAGACAGUAGAGCUUCAAAGCCUGUUUGGUGGUUCUAGCAGCGGUGAAUUGUCUCCAGAAAUGCCGCACAAGGGGAAUGCAGGGUGGACCGAUCCCGCGUCAGAGCAGCUGAACGGGAUUUGCAGCAGCUCUUCCAGGCCAGAUCAGCUGGACGAGAAUGCGACACUUGUCACCAUCAGGAGCAUCGAGCUGCUUCAGCGGAGCCUCUUGCGCGACGCUGGGUUUGCUGCGCUAUGCUUGGCCUCCGGAGGUGUUGUUGCGCUGUUGUGCUACUGGCGAGCGUCGUGGUACGCUAAACUGAGGUUUACAAGAGUUGGGGCUGGGGAUCAAGGCGCGUCGCAUGUUCUGGUAGAGAGUUUGGAUAGCCUAUUCACUGUCUGCCCACUUGAAACAGCCCGGGUGGCGACUGGAGCCAAGCAUGGCGCGAGGUGGACACAGAGUCUCCUCUCUGAGGUGGUUGGCAGUGCCAACGGCCCCUGUACGUUUGGGUGGCGCAAUGAGCGCUUUUGGCAGACCCCGGGCGGGUGGUGCCGGCAGCGGCUGUCCCUCAAGCGCAGCUAUGUGGAUCUCCAUGACCUGGCUGCACGGAACGCUAUGCAACUGGGCCACAACUGGGAGCAAGGCGCCCAAGUUUGCACACCGGAGGCUCGGCGCUGGCUCACGUAUGGGGACAACGUGCUGACAGUGGUAGUAACUCCGUUCAUCAUUCUCCUGGUGCUGGAGUUCUUCAAGCCCUUCUUCAUCUUCCAAGCUCUGGCUAUCCUUAUCUGGUUCCUCCAGAAAUACGUCGUCUACGCUUACGUUAUCCUGGCCCUCACCAUCAGCUCCGCGCUCUUCAACGCGUUCGAGUCGUGGCGCAACCUGCACGCCAUCCAGAAGCUCGCGUCCUCCGAGUGCACCGUCCUGCGCGUCACCGCUCACGCCGAUGGCGUCGACAAACCCCCGACGCUGCGCUCGGAGCGGGUCAAGUCGAGCCAGCUCAUGCCGGGGGACCUCAUCGAAGUAGUGCCCAGUAUGAUAUUCCCCUGCGACUGCGUUCUGCUAACGGGGCAGGCCGUCAUUAAGGAGUCCAUGCUGACCGGCGAGAGCGCCCCGGUGCUCAAGUCGAGCUUGCCCCUAGACCCCCCGGAAGGCGGCCGCGGUUACUACGACCCCGCCCUUGAGCGCGACUCCAAGUUCCGGCUGCUGUCCGGGACUAGUGUGGUGCAGAUCAAGCGACCGGGCGCGCCGCCCGCAAACGAUGGCAGCGGAGAAGGAGGACCGCUGCGCUCCGUGUGGGACUUCGGACUGCCGACUGAUGCGGCCGGCAAAAAAAGAAUGCCGGUGGUGGCUGUGGUUGGCGCGACUGCGUACAACACGGCCAAGGGCCAGCUGGUGCGCGCGAUCCUGUUCCCGAAGCAGGCCGCGCUGGACUUCGAGAAGAAGAUGUACUACUUCGUGGUCAACCUGCUGCUCUACCUGCUGGCCGCCAUCAUUGCUACCAUCGUCAUCCAGCGCAACACGAACACGGCGGCGCUGAUCACGCUCAACUGCCUGAACCUGGUGACGAUCGCCAUCCCCCCCGCGCUGCCGCUCGCGCUGUCCAUCGGGCUGUCCGUCAGCUUCGGGCGGCUGCAGGGCAAGAAGAUCUUCUGCAUCGCCCCCCCCCGCAUCGUGAACGCCGGCCGCGUCAACGCCGCGUGCUUCGACAAGACGGGCACGCUCACCGAGGACGGCCUCAGCCUGCGCGGGGUGUGCGCGGUCCGGGAAACGGAGGAGGGCGCGCGCGCGCUCACGGCGAUCCAGGCGGAUGUGCAGAAGGCGUACCUGGAGGCGCACCAGGCCUGCUCCGACAGCCAGUCGAGCAGCGUCCCCGCCGCCCGGUUGGCCCUGUGCCACGUGCUGGCCGCCUGCCACGGCCUGUCCUUGCUCGAGCAGUCCGCCCUGGAGCUCCCGGACGAAAACUGCCGCGACGACCCGCGGCCGCGCCGCAGCUGGAAGAGUGUGUUGGGUCUGGAGGGCGCGCUCGCGUUCCACCGCCACAGCGAGCAGGUGAUGCCAGAGGGGGGUGCGUGCGAGGAGCAAAACGAGCCCCCCGCGCCGAGCUUCGUCGGGGACCCGCUCGAGGUCCAGAUGUUCGCGCAAACAGGCUGGACGUACUCCGCACGGCCCGACGAUGCCCACUUCGUGCCCGCCGCUCCCGUGCACCCCUACUCCGUUUGGUCGCAUCCCCUGCUCCCCCCCUCCGCCGACACUGUUCUGAUCCCCCCCCCGGAGGAGGACGACGCGGGCCGCGCCGCGCUGGCGGUGCUGCGGCGGUUCGACUUUGACAACGAGAUCCGCAUGAUGAGCACGCUCGUGCUGGAGCUGCCACCUGGCACGCUCGGGGGAGACCACCGCAGCGCCGCGCUGCUCGCGAAGGGUGCGCCGGAAAGCAUCAAGGAGCGGUGCCUCCCCGCGUCCCUGCCCGUCGACUUCGAGUCUCAGCUGCAGGCGCUGGCCCUCAACGGCGACCGCGUCCUGGCGUGCGCGUACCGCGCGUUCCCGUGCACCGCCGCCACGCUGGACCCCCUCCUGCGCGCGCCGCGCGCGGACAUGGAGAGCGGGCUCACGUUCGCCGGGUUCCUGGUGAUGGAGAACAAGCUGAAGCCCGAGACGCCCGGCGUGCUGCGUCAGCUGACGGCGGCCGGCCUGCGCCAGGUCAUGGUCACCGGGGACAAUCCGCUGACUGCUAUCGCCGUUGCCAGGAAAUGCGGCCCGUUCUUCUUGCGCCCCUCUCGGCGCACGUUCUUGCUGGACCGCGGCGAAGACGCGGCCGGCACGUCGGGGUCGGGGUGCGUGCUGCGAGACGUGGCCACGCAAAGCCAGCUGGACUUUGACCACCACUGGGGCAAAGGCGGAGGGGCGGACUUGGAGCAAGGCGCGGGUGACGCGGCGUUCGGCGUCGACUUGGUGGUCACCGGGCGAGCCUUCCAGGCACUCCAGGCACAGCACAACGAUUCUGGGAAAGACAGUCGGGGCAGCCUUCCUGGGACGUCAAGCCUUAUCCAUCCGGAGUCGCCGGGCGGGGCCGCCUUCUCCCCCUUCGAGAGCGUACUGGCGCGGGCGAACAUCUUCGCGCGGAUGUCCCCGCAGAACAAAGUGGACCUCAUCACGGCGCUCAUGGACCUCGGCUACACCGUCUGCAUGACGGGCGACGGCGCGAACGACUCGAUGGCCCUCAAGGCCGCUGACGUGGGCAUCAGCAUCGCGAGCAAGGAGGUGGAGGAGGAGGACAGCGUCAACGCCGCGCCCAAACUGUGGCCGAUCCUUCGGCACACGCGGACUCCUGAGGAGUCUCGCGGCAUUCUCUCACAGCUGGACUCAUGUGUUUUGCAGCUGGCGCACAUCGGCGCGGUGCCGCUGGUGCUGGCGGAGGGUCGCAGCGCGAUGGUGACGGCGGCCAGCAUGUUCAAGUACAUGUUCACCUACGGCCUCAUCCAAACCACCUCCGUCAUCGUGCUCUACAGGUUGCAGUUGGAGCUGUACCAGUACAUGUAUUUGUGGGCGGACCUGGCGCUGGUGUUCCCCAUGGUGGUCCUCAUUCCGUCCAUCCUGCCGCGCCCCGACCUCACCCCGGGCCGCCCCGAGAGCGACCUGCUCGCGCGCUCUGUGCUCGUGUCCGUUUACGGCCAUUCCGCCAUUCUGAUCGCCUUCCAGGCGCUCGCCAGCCACUAUCUGCAAACGCAGUCGUGGUACCAGCAGCCGUUGCCCAACACGCCGGGCUUCGAUGCACAGUUCAACCAGAACACCACGGAGUCCUGGCUCUUCUCCACCUUCCAGUACAUCUUCCUGGCUUGGACCUUCGCCCAGAGCUUCGGCAAGUUCCGCGCGCGCAUGUUCACCAACCUGCCGCUCUGCGCCGCGCUCGGGCUGCAACUCCUGAUCUGCUCCGGCUUCCUGCUCGCGCCCACGCCCGCCGUGCGCCGCGCGUUCCGCAUGGUCGACUUCUCCCCCCACCGCGGCUUCCUCUUCGGGCUGUGGCUUCUGGCAAUGCUUAAUGGAGCGGUGCACCUCCUCUUCGAGCGCUUUGCCGUGUUGCACCAGUCGGCCGAGCCGGACCCGGUAGACCCCCAACCGAUCCUGCAAGAGCUGCGCGAGCAGCAGCGCGAGGCGGGCAGGGCGAAGUCCCGGGCGGCGGAGCGGGCUGAGAGUUGUUGGACGGAGGGCGGGCACUGUAUUCCGACGAAGGUUAAGCCGGCACGGUAUCAGAUUGUGAGCCGGCAGACGUCGCCGAUCUGGGCCGCGUUGCAGUAGGGUAUGAGUUGGGACAGAGGAAAACCUGCUUUGACAACCGAACUUCGUGAUGCGGAUGGUGAUCCGAUGGUCUCGUAAGUUUGAUAUAAAUGUACGUGGUGACCUUAAAGAGGCUCCUCUUUGUUCAUCAGUGUGACGGAAACUAAGGCAAUGCAAUACAUCUAAGGACGCAACACUUGCAAACGCAGACGAAAAUGCUGCUUGAUUGAACAACUGAUCACAAGAUUACGUAGGGAGUGUGUAAGGAGUUCCGACUCAAUGCAACUCUAGUUUAGUCUAACACAUAGGUAUAAUUCAACGUUACAUAAUUCAAGCGUAAGCUAUAUGAGUCCGCGACGUGUCCUGAUGAACGGGUACAUUGCUUGAUACAAAAAGACAG